GCGCGGAAGGCAGAUUUAAAACGAUUCUGUGGCGACUGUGACAGUUCAACAGGCACACGCUCUGCAGAACGGAUCAAGCACAACAACUCGAGGACAGCGAUCUGAGGUCUGCUCGCUCAUUCAGGAUGGACAGGAAGCAGUGCUAUGUGAAGCUGUCAGUUCAACCAACUAGAGGACUCAUGGAUGAGAAGUUUAUCAUCCUGGUCCAGAAUGCAUUUCCUGGUUCUGAGGUGACUGUUCACGCCCUCCACAAGUGUGAAGAUGGACACAGCUGGGAGGCGUUUGCUCACUACAAUGCUGAUACCGCUGGGACUGUGAACGUUUCACAGGAUUGCAGUUUGGGUGGAACGUAUUCUGGGGUCGAACCAAUGGGUCUUCUGUGGAGCCUUAAACCAGUCCCAGGCAGCAAACCUGGGCUCAGGAUGAGGAAGAAGAACAUCGAGAUUCCCAUGGAGGUUUUAAUUUCUGUGUACCGGGGUCACCUAACUAAAGGAUUUUUGGAUCAGGCACCACUGGCCGGUGUGUUGGUGGAGCGCUGGUACAUGGCGCCUGGUGUCCGUAGGAUCCCGAUCACCGACGAUGGACUCACUGCAACCCUCUUCCUGCCCUCAGGACCUGGACCUUUCCCUGGCCUCUUGGACCUGUGGGGGGGUGGAGGGCAGUUGGUGGAGUACCGCGCAGCACUGCUUGCCUCCAAUGGUAUAGCUGCUCUGGCCCUUGACUACCUGACAUGUAGCUACACCAUGGAGACCAGAAAGCUGGUAGAUAACCAGUACUUUGAGAAGGCGUACAAAGUCCUGCAGCAGCAUCCCCAGAUCAUUGGGAGUAGGAUCGGCAUGAUGGGCCUUUCCCUUGGCACAAGUAUGACCCUCAAAAUGGCUGUGUACUCUCAGGUUAUGAAGCUCAGUUGUGUGGUGUGUAUUAGUGGGAGUCAUGUGCAGCCCGUUGAUGGAUCUCUUGAAGACAUGCUGAAACUCUUUACACUUAACAGUCAUAAAACUCGCACUAAUGAAGAAAACCAAAUGAUAUGGCGAGAUCUGCUGCUGCCCAUCCCCACUGACCCGUCUCUUAAAGUGGACUUGGGACGGAUCCAGUGUCCUCUGUUGGUGGUUGUAGGUGAGGAUGAUCAGAACUGGCCUGCCGGCGACUCUGCAGCCGAUAUGAAGGAGAUGAUGGAGCAAGCGGGGAACAGCCACCUGCUGACUCUCCUGUCAUACCCAGAUGCAGGUCACCUGAUAGAACCUCCAUACACACCACAUGCACGAGCCAGUGUCUUCAGAGCAGUACAAACCCGUGAAAAGGUAACGUCUCUGUGGGGUGGACAAACACUGGCACAUGCUCGUGCUCAGGAGGACGCUUGGAGGAAGACACUGGUCUUUCUGAAGGAGAAUCUGUAUGGUAGCACAAACUCCAGUGCAACCACAUUUACCAACCUGUGAUCAAGAUGACAACAAAUGGUUGUAAAACUACAAAAAGUAGUUGAAAUGCCACAAUCAUUUCACCAAAGAUGUAGUCAGGGGAUCCACAUUGGAAAUGCUUCUAAUGCAGUAACUGUUCAGGUGAUAAUUCUCAAUAAUUCUCCAGUCAUUACUACGUGCCUCUCUUUGUAGAGAAUCAUUAUUGUUAUAAUGGGGAAAGUGAUUCAGCUUUUAUAAACUUAGAAAAUGUAAUUUCAUGGGCAGCUCUCCAUGGCAACAGACCACUUUAACAGGUACUAUAAUAGAGACCUAUCUGCCAUUAAAUGUCAUUUAAUAUAUAUUUUUUAUUCUGUUUAAUAGCAAUGGGGACAUUAUAUAAAUGGGAACACAAUGAAUAACAGUUCAGAAACCAGCAGAUCUGCACACCUUCCUCUAUGGGGUGCAACUACAUUUUCAAUGUUAAGACACCUUAUGUUGAAAGGUUCAAGAAGUGCCUUCCGGUGAAUGGAACGGAAUUGACCAACCAGCAGUUUUCCUCACCGUAUUUGUAAAGCUGGCAACACUCACUUUAUUUAAAUACCAUCUUUGAGAUUUAAUCACAAUGAAUCUGAAGUGCCUCAAUGUCUACGCCUACAUAUUCUAAUCAGGACAAACCUGAUGUGUCUUUUUUGUCAGAUCGACCACAUCAGGAGUGAGUUGUCCCAUAAAAGACCUUUAGACAGAUAAUCUAUGUGCUAUGUGUGGUGGUUUUCUGCAUUUGACCCAUCCGUUUUUUGACUCACAUUUUCCAUUUAACACAGUAGUGUGUACAGUCAGAGGAGUGGGCUGCCACCUGUGCAGCGCCUGGGGAGCAGUUUGUUAGUUAGCUAAUUGUCAUUCAAUCACUUUAAGAACAUGAAGAAUAAAAUGUGUUGCCCGGGUCCAGCAGCAUACAUAAACACAGGAUAAUAACAGGAUAGGAUGAACUAACAUAAGAACUUAAAGUCUAUAAUAAGUAGGAAAGCUGUUAAAACCCACCAGGAUUAAUAACAACAUGUAGUACAAAAAGGCUGAAGGACAGAUUUUAUGUCAUGGAGCUCAUGGUCCUUGCAGCCUCUAGAAAAAGCUGCACUUGAGCCUAUUUCUAGUGUUGAGGAUAUGCAGCCUUCUGCCUGAGGGAACGAAGGUUGUAGUCCUACUCCUGCACAUGCACCUGAUGAUGUAAAUGCUCUUCAGUGAAAGGGGGCUGCUGUAAUUUCAGAGCACAUUUUACAUCUCAUUGCAGCACCUUCCUGUCAACUGCAACCGUACUGUUUACCUACUUGGUGCCAGAGCACAUUGAAAACUAUUAUUAAUUGAGUCGCACUUCAUGUUAUUCAGUACAUGAAUAUUUAUGUUGCUAGGUUUGCCAUUUCUUAUGUUUUAAGACAGAUGACAAGUGACUUAAAUAAUGAAUAAAUCAUUUGUCAAUAUGUACAGUAUAUACUUUACUGGACCAACUCAUUAAGACAGAAAUGCACUUUUUAAUGCAGUCUCAUCAUCACAUUGUAUCAUCAUUACAUUAAUAAAAAAAGCAGAAUGAAUUAAUAAA